CAGAAAAUCCCAAGGAAGAGGCUUCUCUCUUUCAACCCCCCCUCCCCGCGUCUCCUUCCCCCCUCCUUCUCCAUCUAGGGCUGGGCUAGUCCCUCCCCUUCUUUCCCUUUGCUCGGCGGGGCCAAAGAUCCUCCGGAUAGUCCCGCUUUUGCUGGAGUUUGGACACACACACAUAUAUUUAUAUAUUAAAAAAACAAGGUAGGGGACAUUGAAAAGAAGAGCGUUGCUACCUUCCAGGGGAGGUGGAGGAAAGGAAUGAAAUCAAACCGCCCUACUCUGCAAGAUAAAAAGCUGAAAUCGGAAGGGAAGGAGAAAGAAAUCCGUAGGGAGGGGAAAGGGAAAAAGUUGCUACGGAGGCAUCGCUUCUCUGGAUCUCACCCGGGGAGGCUGUUCUGGAGCGAAAGAUCCCAUCUUUGAUUUGAGGUGGCAUGAUGCGAGACUUUGGAGCCUCUGAACUAAUAAGAAGCUGAGAUUUUUUUUAUUUUGGGAGCCACAAAUACACCCUUUUGGAAACAGGGAAUUGAACCCACCAUGCCCGUUUGGGGAACCAGACCUGCGUGCCCUAAGAUGGUUGGUUUGCCAGGAGUGUUGAAAAAAUCAGUGUGAUGUGGCAGGAAGCUCAACUUCCCUCUGUGUGAGCAAACCGUUCUCCAACAUAUGUAUUUGCUUGGACACUGGAGAUUCGUGUUCUCGGCAGCCAGCAUCUAGGACAGCUCCAAGCCCGGAAGAGCCAAGAUUUAUGGAUAACCCACAAUUGUGGUUUCCUUGAAGACUGAGCCACCAGCCUUGGCAUCUGAAGCAGCUAGGAGGAGCGGAAAAUGCCAUGCUAGGCCGUAUUCUUCGUGGCAGGGAGCUGAUCUUUGCGAGCCUCGGGUCCCAAGUAAACUUUGGUUGCUCUGGGUGUAUAGCUCCCACACCUGCUCUUUAGUUUGUUUACAUAUAUUCAUCUAUAUUAUAAUAAUAUAUCUAUAUUAUCGUGCAUCUUCUCCCUGCGCCAUGUUCCUUAGCAGAGCCAAGUCAUGGCUCCCUGGACUGCCUUGGCGACGAGGAAAGGCGAAGGACGUGAAAAAGGAAGAGGAGGAAUUGCAGGGGGAGCUGGAGGAAAGCACGGCGCCCCCAAAACCAAGAUGGUGGAGCGGCCGACGCCUCUUGGGCGCUAUUGGCUGGGGCCAAAGUUCCGCUGCUGGAGAGAGCUCCCUAUUGGCCAGGAUACCUCAGCACCUCUCGCCGCCGAAAGCAUCCGUCGAAUCGCCAGAGCACUUGCAGAUCUGCUUCAACUUCACCCGCCAUCUUUUUGACCUGUGCGUGGUGACUUUGCUCUGUGCCUCGUCCCCGGCCUUCCGGCUGGUUUUGGAUAUCCUGGGGUUCGGGGGCCCUCUGAAGGUCUGGCUCCACGGCUUUGCCUGCUUCUUAGUCACCGCUUACGGGAUGUACUUGGCCCUGUGGCUGGUGCAGGAGUACCUCGUGCAGUUUGCCUGCCUCUAUGGCUUCCUGCAGACCCUGGUCUUGUGUGUCAGUAUCCAGGCUGGUGGGUCUGAGCCCCCAGAGGAGAAAGAGUCCAUCGACUCCGACCCAGCCAAGGAAGAGGAACUGUCGGCAGCCGGCACAGGCAAGCAGUCACCGCCGCUAUAAGGAGGAAGACUCUGUUAGCCUGCCUCCUGCGGCUGUUCGGGGUAGAAUUGGGUCAUGGAAGCCAAAGAGCGCAGCUGAUGUGGUCCCCAUUUAGGAUGGCUGGACAGACACGCACAAAAGAGGAGGGAAUAGAGAGUGUUGUGCAGCGGGUGUAUGUUUGCAAAAAACAUAUGUAUGUGUGUAUGUCCCGUCCCCCGCGCAGGUGGUUCCAAUGCCCAUUUGUGAAUGGCUUUUUGGGGAGCAAAGGGAGGGGAACACCAUCACAACUAUGACCACCCAGAGGGGCCUUGGAGAAAUCAUGGGGCACGAGGGUGGGGGGAGUUGGGUGCACUCCACAUCCAAACCAGUCUGAACCUGGUUUCCCUGUCUUGCCUGCCCCCAGUGGAUCUUGGGAACUAGAUUUGGCGGGAAGGUGAGGGGACUCGAGGGUUCAUUUGAUGGGGAGCUGUUUGACCACUGAAGAAUGGACAUGCCUCUGUAGAGCAUGUUUGGCUGGCAGUUUUGAAGAAGUGUUGAUGGGGUGGUCCGCACAUACCCAGUUCCUAUAAUCUGCAAAGACAGGUGAUUUCAUCAGUCAGUGGGGUCCUCUUAACAUUUUAGCAGAGGUGUCCCUAGACCCAGUUUAGGGGUCCCUAAACCCAGUUGAGAGUUGUCUAGAAUGGACACUGGGAGCUGUGCUUUGAUCUUGAACAGCAAGCAAGUGCAGCUUUCUGCUCUGGUGGCCUAGCAGGUGAGGGCAAGAGGCUUUGGACAAUCACUUUGGAGGGUGGAAGGGAGAGGGCAGGGGAAAUGAUCUGGGAAGGGCCAGUAGAUGCCACAUUGCAUCUUCUUGCCCCCGUCUCAGGCUGGGGCGAGUGGGUACUAGGGAUGAAGAACCUCCUAUCUUAACUGGGACCAGAGAGUGGAUUUAUCUGAGGCUAGGGCGGGGUGGAUUUGAGAACUAUGGGUCAGAUCCUAUGAGAGAGACCUAUUGCACCUGCACAAGAGGAUUCAAAGGAGCCAAUGGGAGGACUGGGGUUUGGCAGGAAGUGUUCUAAUUGGUAUGACAUCUAAUCUAGGGGAGGAAGAUUCCAGAAAGUCAUGAAAGCCUCCCACAGCUUAGAGCAGGGGUACCCAUCAUGGAACCUUCCAGAGACGGUUGGACUACAGUUCCCAUCAUCCCUGGUUAUUGGCUGGGCUUGCCGGGGCUGAUGGGAGUUGGAGUUCAGGAACUUCAGGAGGGCAGUAUCAGGAAAUAUGUAAAGCUACUGAGGAGGAAUCUGGAUGGGGGUGGACUACUGAGGACUCCCUGUUAGAAAUGGACUGCCUCUCCCUAGCUUAUUCUGAAGGGGCAAGGUGGGCUGUUUAGAAAGUUGGUCUUCCCCUCCGUCCCAAACCUCAGGGAUACGCAGUUCUGAGCCUGGAAUUUCAGCUAGAUUCCACCUGCUCCUCACCAGCAUCUAUAACUUUUUCCAACAGCAGGAGAGUCUAGCUCCUCUUUGCCCUGUUUUCUUGAUACUCACCCCAAACACCUUCAGCAAUAUUGAGAUUUUAUCCUACCAGAUCAGCUUGCAAUGUGGGCCGUGUGUUGCCCAAAGGAUCUGUGUGUGAUUGAGAGAGGAUCUCAGCACGCCUCUCUGCGGCCCAGGUGUGCUUGAGCCGCGCAGGGAUACAAAUGUCUACCUUUACCACACACCUGCACCUGAGGUGUGCCCUAUUGCCUCGCAAGAGGGUGACCCAAGUUUCCCAGAAUAUUAAUGUUCACCUGCAGGCAUCUUGGUUACCAGUACAGACUUGCAAUCGAGGCUGCCAGCCAUAGGCCCAAUCAGCCUCUCUUCCAAGGUCCUGUUUGUGUUUUUCUUGCCAGGGGAUGGGAAGUUUAUAUUGCGCCAUGCUUGCCGCUGGAACUAGGGACCACCGGAGUGGAUGUGGCAGUUGUGUUCGUAGGAACAUUAUUCCUUUCCUCAUUUCUGGCAAGGCCUCCACAUUCCUAGGUCAGCACAUCUUUCCAGAUCAGCUGAACACUCUUCAUUCUUCAGUUCUGUUGUGAUCAUGUAUGUCUGUUGUGAUCUCCUAAAACAAACACCACCUUCUUGUGUGGAAUCCAUCCUAUGGUGUAGCUACGUGAGGUCCACAGUCAGGUCCUUUCCAAGUUAUAUACCUUACAUUUCUGUCUCCCCACCUUCUUCCCUUCAAGAUCCACAGUCUCUGAUGCAUGCCCAGAAUGCCCCCAAACCAGAUGUUCUCACUGGGUUUUCCCCACUCCUUCCACAAACACAAAUUCAGUUUAACCUCUCCUCUGCACACUCCUCUGUUAGCCGCAAGCAGUGAGGUAUAAAACAUGCUUUGAUUUUGAGUCUCUGGAACCUAGAACAUACCCCCCUCUUUCUCAUUAAUCCCUUUUGUGAUGUCCCCACCAGAUCAUCCCUCUCCCUCUAGCUCCUUGAGAUCCACUUGAUCUCCAUGUUGUGAUAGACAAGAAAGUGGCAAAUCGGAUCAUUCAUUUUUUAAAAAAAUGGUUGCAGGAAAUAAUUCUACAUUGCAACCACAUUCAGAGCAAGCCGCAAUCUCAUUUUCAGCAGAAACACUCCCAUUUCAUCUAGGAAACGUCCUCUGGAUUCAAGUCCUUUUCCAAAAAUGGACAACCCUUUCUGCAAAAGCUUUCUCAGAUUCAUUUCCUUCUCUGAAUAUUGUCUAAUACCCAUGUGAUAUCUUUCAAGUGAAACCCCUCUCUUGUCCGGAUAGAGCCAGAACGUCCCAUGCCAUCUGCCUCGAGCGAGAAUAAAAAACUUAAGCGUU